GAACAUUUCCAAUAAGAGGAUGUGAAGAAUGAAAAAGAAGAGUGAGAAAUAAAUAGCUUAUCCUUUCUUUCAAUCUUGGUUUACCUUAAUUGCAGUUAAGUUGUUCAACUGAAUUCAAGGUAGAAAGUUGAGAUUUGAAGAAGGAAAAAUUGAAUCGCUGAAAAUGGUAACCAACAAGUAGCCCUUGAGGAAUCAGCUUUGCUUUCAGGCCUUGAUUUUAAUAUCAUUUAUCGACCAACAACUGAAACACAGAGAAAAACAACAACAGUAAAACAACUGUUUUUUAAGUUGUUUUUUCUUCCUUUUAUUCCUUCGUGUAUUGUUCUCAUCUCUACUUGUGUUUAUUAUUUAUUUAUAGUUUUUAAAUUUGUGAUUCUGGGCCAUACAAAUUCUUGGCCUAAAAAUGUCCCAGUUUAAUGCUGAUCUUUCACCUGGUCGUCCAAGUAAUCCAUGUUCUGGAUCAUCAUCUGCAUCACGAUGUUACUUUGAAUGUUGCUCUUUAAAAUUAUAUAACAUUUGUUUAAAAUCAAUAGUGUCCAGUAUGAAGAAGGUUGAAUAUAACCUUCACUGUUUACCUGUUCGUCUCCAAAUCGAUCUAUACUUAGAGAUGUUUAUGAAUGAACACUGGAAUAUUUUAGGAACAUAUUUAUCAAACCUAAAUAAUUUCGUGAAUCUAGUUAUGUUUAAUGAAGGUCAAAGGCAAACACUCCAUAUGUUACUUCAACGCUUAAUGGACGAAGGAUUCAAUUUAACUAACGACUUGUGCAAGUAUAUGGCCAAAGAUGUAGCCUCACUUCUAGAGGCCGUUCAAAAAUCAAAUAGUGAUAGCACUUUGUUAAGGAAAAGUCGAAUAAGAUCAAUGAAAAGAGGUUUCGCAUUAGCUGGAUUCCUUAUGGAGGCUGGAUGGUAUGUUGAAGCUGAAAGAAUUUUAUCAACUUGUCUCACUCUUUAUUUACCUGUGAUUGAUACUGGAGAUUCAUCUAUUGAACCAUGGACAUUCCGAAUCAAAACUCGUUUACUUGGGUCUCUUGUGUCUUAUUCUCGCUUCAAGGAAGCUACAGUUCUUUACGAUGAAAUGCUGUCCCAAAUAGAAGUCAACAAUUAUGAAAAUCGCAAAGAUCAAUUUGACGUUGCUCAAGCUUACAGCCAAUUUGCCUGUUUAUUUGCUGCUCAAAGUCUCUACAAAGAGGCCUACAAAUGGAGCUGUAAAGCUUUAGAGCAUAUUUCCCCCUGGACACCGCGAAUAGCUUUAAUUGAUAUACUUUUAACCGCAGGACGAUCAUGUGUGAUUAAAAGAGACUUUGAAAGUGCAGAUUAUUUAUUAAGACAAGCUUUACUUGUUGCUAAAGAAAUGUUCAAUUUAGACGAGAAAUGUGAUUUCCAAGAAAUAUCUCGUUUCCAUCCCAUUGUUGGCGACCUUUUAAUUGCCAUGGGGUACUACUAUCACAAUGUUGAUUUGUUGUCACAGUCAGUCAAACUUUACCUAUAUGCUCUCAACUUCCGUAAACAGUAUUUUGGACCUCAUACUCUUACGGAACAAUGUAUAAACUUGCCAUUAGCGUUGGCUCGUCAAGAUUUAGCUUUUGAAUAUUAUAUCCAAGAAUAUUCAACUGGUCACUUCGAUAUGAGUUUGUAUCACAUUGAACUCGCCAAAAUGUCUCUAGAAACUUUGUUACCUCCAGACCAUCAUCUACUUACCAAUGUACUGAGGAUAAAAGCUUUAAUCAUUGAAGAAAUAGCCAUCGAUAACAUGGAUAUGGUUGGUAGAACCGAAUUGUUGAUGGAUGCUCACAAGCUUCACCGUAGAGCUCUAGACAUAACCAAAAGUCUUCUUGGUGAAGAAAAUUUACAGACAGCCAAACAUUAUUCUAAUUUGGGUAGAUUAUAUCAAAGCAUGCAUAGAUACGAGGACUCUGAAGUUUUCCAAUUGCUUUCAAUUGAAAUUAAAGAAAAAUGUCUUGGAAAAGAUGAUUACGAAGUAGCACAAUCUUAUGGGUUUCUCGCCUCGUUAUAUUGUUAUGACAUGGAGCUGUAUCCACAAGCAGAAAAUUAUUAUCUUAAAGCAAUUGAAAUUGGAACCAAAGUCUUUGGAGGAGCUUACAGUGGAUUAGAGUUUGAAUAUCAAGGAAUUAUUACAAUUUACACGAGGAAUGGUGAAGAUGAGAAAGCUCAGGAAUACAUAAAACUGUUUCGAUCAUGGAAAGCCCAGCGUGAUUCAAUGGUGGCAACUAUUACACAGAAAAACUUAUUCACCAGUUUAUCGGACGAAUCUCCGGGUUUAUUGAAUCUUGAGGAGAUAAAGAAGCAUUUCUUUUCCAAUAGAUUACAUCAGAUUUGACUUUUAAUUCUAACAAAGAUAUUACAUAUCUUGUAUGUAUAUCUUGAUUAAUCAUCGAAAAAUUUAAUAUGCUCAAUCAACAAAGAUGAAAAGAGCAAGUAAAAAAAAGCUGGCCUUUUAACAAUUUAUUAUAAUAUCUACUUGUUUAUUAUCGCUGAUUUUAAUCUUGCUUAUUUCUUUUUUGUCCAAUAAAUAUAUAUUUUGUUGUCAA